GGAGAGGAUGAGUCCUCACUCACUCUUGCUAUGCCAAUAAAAGGCCCUUAAUGCACAAAUACCCUGCAAACUUCAAAGAAAUAAAUCAGAGUGAGCAAGCAACACAAGCUAUUGAAAUGGCUUCAGCUCAGUCUCAGAAACCUAGUACUACCAUUGAUGUCUGCCAACCGAAACCCCAGCACAGUUCGUUCGGCCAAAAGAUUUCCGAAAUAACUAACAAGGCUUUCAAAGGACACCAUGCCCGCCAUGGCAGUAGCCAGAAUCAACUUCAAUCCUACAGCAACCAAAUUCAGGUUGAAUCAAAUGGCCACAAUGGCUCCAAAACAGAAACUCACCACUAUGGUCAGACUCAGACCCAACAUGACAAGAAGCACGGUGUCACCAAAACCCAUAUCACCGUUUGUGUGGUGCAAGCCGAAAUCACUCAAACCAAAGAGAACCCUUCUCCUUAUGGUGCAAGUGCAACUACAACAUGCUUUGGGACUCAAGCUAAGAAGAAUAGAGAGAUUAACAACAGUAAGAAGGAAACGAAUUUGUUCAGGAAGAUUAAGAAUGGAAUGUCCCGCCAUAAAGGUGAGGGAAACAGCAGCAGCAGUGACAGCGAAAGUGACAACGAGAAGAAGUGUCCAAAGACAAAGCAUUGAUGCAUGGAACUAGAAGCUGCAAACAAGAUGCAACAAAACAAAGUUUGUUUAAUUAAAUGGAAUUACAUCUUUAUAAAUAAAGAGUGCCUUUAUAAUUUUAUUAUGUCGUUUUUGUAAUAAACAUAAUCGGGGUUAAUAAAUGUCAAUAUUUGACUUGUAUGUGUGUCCUUUAUGAUGAAUAAUUGAUGUUAACUUUUCAUA